CCCAAUUCUUUUUGUUUCUCGUCAAUCCGAUCCAGUCUGAAAUUUCUCCCAUUUCUGAGUUUUUCAAUUCUAAAAUCUUCAAAAUCUUUCAAGUUUGGGCUUGUGGGCGGCGGAAGAGUCGUCGCCGGCAGUGGGUACGUCUCGGUGAAGGAAGCUGGGAGGAGAGGCCGGAGAGGUAGGAAGAGGUAAAGCGACAGAAUUAAAAUUUCUCCGCUACUGGUGCAAACCGAUGAAUUUGAUCGGUCAUCGGUAGCUCGUUCACACGAUCUUUCUUCAUCAAAAUUGUUCCGCUAGGAAGCAUCUUAUAACUCUGGAAAUGGGAUCAAGUAAUGACCCUGAGAAUCAAAUGAUGAUAGAAGGAAAUGUUGUUCAGGAAAUGAAAAUUGAUCCGGAGAGUGCUCGGUUUCCAUGUUGCAUUGUGUGGACACCUCUUCCUGUUAUUUCGUGGCUCAUUCCUUUCAUUGGUCACAUUGGUAUUGGCAGAGAGGAUGGAGUGAUCUUGGACUUUGCAGACCCCAAUUUUGUUUGCGUGGACAACUUCACAUUUGGAGCAGUCGCACGCUAUCUUCAAAUCAACACAGACAAGUGCUGCAUCUCAACUCAUAGAAGUGAGGAUGAAUUCAGGGAAGUUGAUAAUGGUAGAGAAAUAUCAACAUGGGAUGAUGCACUGCGGAGGAGCACUCAAGAAUUCCAACACCGACCCUACAAUCUCUUAACUUGCAAUUGUCAUUCCUUUGUUGCUAACAAUCUGAACAGACUUGGGUUUGUCACAGGUGGAUGGAAUGUGGUAAACCUUGCAGCUCUGAUGUUUCUCAAGGGUCGGUGGGUCAGUAAAGGAGCUGUCAUCCGGACGUUCUUACCAUUUGGUGUGGUAUUCAGUAUAGGAGUUGCAAUGGGGGGUACUACAUUUCUAACUUUCUUGGCAUUCUUCACUUUCUUCCUGGUUGGUUGGUUCGUUCUUGGUACUUAUGUCUUCAAAAAUUUGGUUCAGUUGUAAUGUUUCUACAGUAUUUACAAAUAAUAAUUGGACUCUGUGAUUUUGAUUCAUUUUUCACAAAA